GACGUGCUGAUAUAAAUACUUUGCUUAUAAAAAGAAAAACGCCGUUUAUGCAGGUUUCAUUUCAUCUUGUAAUUCGUUAAGUAAGACGAUGGCUGAUACGGUAUUUCGCGCGAGAUCUUUAGGAACCCCCGCUGAAGGAGUUCGCGAUCAAUAUGCUGAUGGAAAAGCCGCGAGAGUUUGGCAAGUUUUUAUUGGAGAUCAAAAAUCUCGUACACAAAAUUACAAGAAUUUCUUAUUAAAUUUGUUAAAGAAGAAAGGAUGUAAAAGAAUUUUAGAUGUUGCGUGUGGAACAGGAAUUGAUUCGGUUUGGUUACUUGAAGAAGGAUUUGAAGUGAUUUCCGUGGACGCUUCUGAUAAAAUGUUAAAAUAUGCGUUACAAACUCGUUGGGCACGAAGAAAGGAAGCGGCUUUUGACAAAUGGAUUAUUGAGGAAGCAAAUUGGUUAACACUUUAUGAUGACAUCCGCGAGCAUAUUGGGGGUGGAUUUGAUGCCGUGAUUUGUUUAGGAAAUUCUUUCGCCCACAUGAUGGAUUCUUACGGUGAUCAACGCGAACAAAAGCAAGCGUUAAAGAAUUUCGAAAAAUGCGUUAAACCCGGUGGCCUUUUAUUAAUCGACCAUAGAAAUUACGAUUAUAUCAUUAAUACGGGAAAAACACCAGCUAAAUGUUUAUAUUACAACAGCGCACAUAUGACUGAUAUUAAAACUUCAGUUUUAUUUGAAGCCGGUCGUCCUGCUAUGGUUAUGAUGGAUUAUUUAAUCAACGUUUCUGAACAAGAAAAAAAUAAGCCGAUUAAUGAAGAUGAUAUAAGUGAAUUUCGUUUAUCUUAUUAUCCCCAUCGAUUGGAAGUGUUUAAAGCGAUGCUAUUGGAGGCUUUUAACAAGAAAUGUAUUCAUAAUUUAUUCGGAGAUUUUAAGAAAUUAGAAGAAAUCGAAACUCCAAACUUUUAUAUACACGUCGUUGAAAAAUUGUAAAAAGAAGCGAUUGUAAAUAAGUUAUUUUUAAUAAAAACAAAUUUAACUUGA